GCUGAUUCGUCAAUGAGAAAACACACCUCGUCUCUGUAGCUGCCACUUAUGGUGUAAAGAUAAAAGUAUCACACAGGAGGAGCCUGUGCGUUUGCAAGCCUGUUGUAGUUGUUUUGAGAGUUUUUACUUUAUCCGGCUGUCAGUAAGGAACCGCUCUGCUGUUUCUUAGAGCAUGGCGUGUGGCGGCUUCAUGUCCGCUCCAGUGUCUCAUUGAAAAUGAUGAAAAUGGGAAGUUGCGUGUGAGAAAAGAGGCGAAAGACAUUCUGAAUGGGAUCAAGGAGCCGGUGAUUGUAGUGUCUGUGGUGGGACUCUAUCGUACGGGGAAGUCCUACCUUAUGAACGGCCUGGCAGGACAACAGUCAGUCCGAAAGAAAUGGAAGUUUUGAGAUGGGUCCAAGAAUUGAGGCUUUGCUCUUGGCAGCACUAUUGAAUCAAAGACCAAAGGCAUCUGGAUGUGGUGUGUCUCUCACCCCAAAAAAGAAGGACACACUGCUGCUGGACACAGAAGGCCUGGGUGAUGUAAAGAAGGGGGAUGAGAAACAUGACACGUGGAUCUUCUGUCUGGCUGUUCUUCUCAGCAGCACUCUAGUGUACAACAGCUUAGGGGUCAUUGACAACAUGGCACUGGAAAAGCUGCACUACAUUACAGAGCUGACGGAGAACAUCCGUGUGAAGGCAGAAGUGAGUCGAGAUGAGGACCAGUCAGCAGAUUUCAUGCGUGUUUUCCCAUCGUUUGUCUGGGCUGUUCGUGACUUCACUCUGGAACUGAAAAUGGGGAAUAAACCAAUAACUUCAGACGAUUAUCUGGAGAGUGCAUUGACACUCAAACCAGGUAGCUCAGCUCAGACCGAGCAGUAUAACCUGCCCCGCCGCUGUCUGCGUCAUUUCUUUGCGGUGAGAAAGUGCUUUGUUUUCCCUCGGCCGGCUAGUACGGAAAACAUGAGGAGAAUGGAGGAACUGAAAGAGAACGAUCUGGAUUCAGAGUUUCUUGAGCAGGCAAACACCUUCUGCCAUUACAUUUAUGACAAAGCAGAUCCAAAAACUGUCAGCGGAGGCCGUACAAUUACUGGAACAGCUCUGGGGAAUCUUGCUGAGGUUUAUGUAGAAGCGAUCCGCAGCGGGAAGGUUCCAUGUCUGGAGAACGCAGUCGUGUCUCUGGCUAAGAUCCAGAAUGUCCGUGCAGUGGAACAGGCUCUGGAGUCCUACAUAAACGAGAUGCUCAGCAUGGCUCAGCUUCCUAUGGACCCUGAAGAUCUGUCCAACAUCCACACAGUUGCAGAGAAGAAGGCCAUUGAAGUUUUCAUCACCAUGUCCUUCAAUGACAAUGACCAGAUCUACCAAAAAGAACUCAUGGGGAAAAUCUUUGAUGAAUAUCAACAGAUGUGCCAGCAGAAUCAGGAACAAUCUAUCAGAGAGUGUGAAGCUGUUCUGCUUAAUGUGUUUGAUAAACUGGAAAAAGGCAUUUCUGACGGAUCAUACCUGAAACCUGGAGGAUACCGACAGUACAGAGACAUGUUCAGACACAUGGCUGAGGAGUACAGAGCAAGAACACAGUCACAAAUUAUGAGUGAAGAAGUGCUCAGUAAGUUUUUGAAAGCAAAGGAAGAGAUUGGAAAUAUGAUUCUACAAGCCGACGAAUCUCUCAGUGCAGCGGAACAUGAAACCGAGGUGCAGAGAUUAAGGAAUGAGAUCUUAGAGCAGCGGCAAAGAGGCCUAGAGGAACAGAACCGGUUACAGGAGCAGGCCUUUCAAGACAUGCAGAGAACCCAUAAGGAGCAUGUCGAUCAGAUAUUUCGUCAGAUGGAGAGAGAGCAAGAGAGAAUGAGGAGAGACAAUGAACGAGUCCUGGAAGCCAAACUAAGGGAGAAGGAAGCUCUUCUACUGAUUGGCAUAGAGCAACAAGUCUUCAGCAUGCAGAGGCAGAUUGACCGCCUACAAUCAGAAAUCCAUAAAGAGGAGGAGUCAAAGCCAUCCAAAUUCAACCGGAUUUUGAAUGGGAUUGGUAUCACAGCAGCAAUGAUCUUGCCGGGCUUUGUCCCUAAAGCAGUUGGCUGUGGUCUGUCUGCAAUCUCAAAGUUGUUCAAAUAAGAGCGUUUUUUCACUGAGUGAGUAUGCUUCUCUCACAUAUGCCAUUCAAUCUAAAGAGUCAUUCACACCAAGGACAAUAAUUAUAACGAUAACUAUAUUAGCAUCCACACCAACGGACGAUAAGGUUCUGUUUAUUAUAAGCACGCGUUGCCACUUUAAAUGCUCAAGCUCUUUAAAGUCAGGUGGAUUCUGAUUGGCUUUCAAUGUUUUUUUAUUGUUUAAUAGCUAAAAAAUGUUCUGAAAGUGAUUCCAACAAUAUUGUUCCUCUGUGCCACUAACAUUAUAGUUGUGGUGUGAACUCUGCUAUUAUUUUAAAUUUACAACAAUUUUUAAAACUUUAUCUUUAUCAUUAUAGUUAUCAUCUUGGUGUGGACAGGCCUCUAAGUAAUCAGAAAUACAGUGCUUUCAAUAAGUGCUAUUUACUCUGGUGAAUCUUGAUGUAAAAACACUUUUUUUAAAAGCUGUCAUUUAUAAACUACUGCUAAUUUUUGGUUUGAAACUCUGCAAAAAAAAAAAAAAAAAAAGAA